ACUCUCAGCCAGACGUAUUCGCUCGAGGAUGGCUCCAAGCUUGAGGUCUUAGCGGUGGGAUCGACGGACCAGUCGCGCGCGCACGUGAUUCUCGAGCUGCACGGCGGGCCGCUGGUGAACGCACAGCUCAUCGCGCACUGGGGCGCCAUCCGCCGCGGAACCAGCGGAUGGACCCUCCCCGGGCUUCAGCCUGAUGGCACCAGACCGUACAAGAACCGUGCGCUACAGUCACCCUUCACUAAGGUGGGAGACCGUGCGAAGCUCAAGAUAGAGGUGGUGGACGCUGAGUACUCGGCAGUGGAGUUCACGCUCAAGGAUGACGCCACCAACGCCUGGUUCAAGUGCCACGGCACCAACUUCCACGUGGACAUCCCCAAGUCGCGGGCGCACGUGGACCCAGCCACCAUUGUGAUUCCCGAGGAGCUGGUUCGCGUGCAGGCGUUUCUGCGGUGGGAGAGGAACGGCAAGCAGCACUACUCGCAGGAGAAGGAGAAGGAGGAGUAUGAGUUGGGGCGUUUGGAUCUUCAGAAGGAGGUGGCAGCAGGAGGAACGAUCCAAGCCCUGGAGGAGAGGCUUCUGGGUGGAGGCAGCAUCUUCAGACGCUCAGACGACAAGCCUCAGCAGCAGGCACCCCCACCCCCACCCCCUCAGCAGCAGCAGCAGCAGUUGGAGCCGAUUCCAAACGAUCUGAUCGCCAUUCAGGCGUACGUGCGGUGGGAGCGGGCGGGGAAACCGCACUAUGACGAGCAGAAGCAGGGGCAGGAGUUUAUAGAGGCGAAGAGAGAGCUUGAAGAGGAGGUUCGCCGGGGCACGUCUGUUCUGGACAUCCGCAAGAGGCUUACUGGAGGGAGCGAGGCGACGGCUCCCCCCCCCCCGCCCUCGCGUCCCCAGCCUAGCGUGUGGAAGAUUGACAGGAAGCAGUGGGGGUAUGACGAUUUGAUUAGCACGGCUGGGAGGAAGGGGCGGAAAGGGCAUGGGGAUGCGGGAGAUGGGGCGGCAGCGGCGGCUUUAGCGCCGGCGCCGGCUGUAGCGGAGGCUGAGGCUGCUGCUGCUGCGGAUCCGCUGGAGCUGGCAGCACAGAUCAUUGCUGGGGCGGGACUGGGGGAGGUGCUUCUGAAGAAGUAUUACAAGCUGAACGACAAGAAGCUGCUGGUGCUGCUGAUGGAGUGUGACGGCGAGCUCAAGGUGCGGCUGGCGUCGGAUUACCCAGAGCCCCUCGUGCUGCACUGGGGGCUGUCCAAGGGACGCAGCAGGAGCUGGCAGACCCCGCCGCCCGGCAUUGCCGGCUCAUCUACCCGCUUUGAGAGGGCGUGUGAGACGGAGUUCAACAAGGGCUUUGCAGGGGAGCCGUCGCUGCAGUCUCUCCAGCUGGACCUGGCGGGAGUGGAGCAGGAGCUGCCAGGGAUGCCCUUUGUGGUGCGGGCCGGGGAGUGCUGGUUCAAAGACUAUGGGCGCGACUUCUUCCUUUCUCUCAACCGCAUUGACUACCAGCAGCCCAAGGACAUUGGAGAUGGUCGCGGGGUGGCAAGGGCAGUGUUGGACGAGAUUGCAGACCUGGAGCCCGAGGCAGAGAAGUCGCUCAUGCACAGGUUCAAUCUGGGCACGCAGGUGCUGGACAAGGCCAAGUCGCAGGGCGAGCUGGGGCUGGCUGCUGUGUUUGUGUGGUUUCGCUUCAUGGCAUCGCGGCAGCUGGUGUGGAAUAAGAACUACAACGUCAAGCCGCGUGAAAUCAGCGUGGCUCAGGACCGUUUCACAACAGUGCUGGAGGAGAUCUUUCGAUCCUCACCGUCCCUUCGUGAGCUGACGCGCAUGAUCAUGAUGACCGUGGGGCGUGGCGGGCAGGGGGACGUGGGGCAGCGGAUCAGAGACGAGAUUCUGGUGAUUCAGAGCAAGAACCACUGCAAGGGCGGCAUGAUGGAGGAGUGGCAUCAGAAGCUUCACAACAACACAAGCCCUGAUGACGUGGUCAUCUGCCAGGCUCUAAUCGACUAUCUCAACAGCGACUUCAACAUCGACGUGUACUGGCGGACGCUCAACAGCAACGGGGUGACGCACGAGCGCCUGCUGUCCUACGACCGCCCCAUCUGCUCUGAGCCGCGCUUUGUGGCCAGCCAGAAGGAGGGGCUUCUGCGGGACCUGGCGCACUACAUGAAGUCACUGAAGGCCGUCCAUUCGGGAGCUGAUCUGGAGUCUGCCAUUGCCACGUGCAUGGGGUACAAGCAGGGCGCUAAGGCUGAUUUCAUGAAGAACAUUGAGAUCCAUCCCAUCAGCGGACUUUCUGGGAACCUUCCGAAUCUGCUUCAAUUUGUGUUGGAGCAUGUGGAGGACCGGCAGGUGGUCAGCCUGGUGGAGGGUCUGGUGGAAGCCCGAAGAGAGCUGCGGCCGACCCUGCUGAGGCACGGGCAGGAGCGCCUCAAGGACCUCGUGUUCCUCGACCUCGCGCUGGACUCCACUGCCCGCACCGCCAUCGAGAGGGGCAUGGGGGAUGCCAGGAAUGCCGGGGAAAUCAUGUAUCUGGUGACGCUGCUGGUGGAGAAUCUCUGCCUGUCCAUUGACGACAACGAGGAGCUAGUCUUCUGCCUCAAGGAGUGGCGGCGCGUGCUGGAUUCAAUGAAUCACGACAGCCAGUGGGCGCUGCGGGCCAAGGCAGUGCUCGACCGCACGCGGCUCAUCUUGCAGGGCAAGGCGGAGCAGCAGCUGGCGCUAUUUCAGCCGGCCGCGGUGCAUCUGGGUUCGAGGGUGCAUGUGGAGCAGUGGGCGAUUGACAUCUUCACAGAGGAGGUCAUUCGCGCUGGCUCUGCUGCUGCGCUCUCGCAGCUGCUCAACCGGCUGGACCCGCAGAUUCGACAGGCUGCUGACCUGGGCAGCUGGCAAGUGAUCAGCCCUGCGGAUGUGCGUGGGUGGGUGGAGGUGGUUGAUGAGCUAGCAGAGGUGCAGGAGAAAACGUACGAUCGGCCGACAGUGAUGGUGGCGCGGAGGGUGAAGGGAGAGGAGGAGAUUCCUGCAGGGGUUGUGGCGCUGCUCACCCCUGACAUGCCCGACGUGCUCUCCCACGUGUCCGUGCGAGCACGUAACUGCAAGGUGUGCUUUGCGACCUGCUUCGACCCCAACCUGCUGGACUCCAUCAGAGCGCUGCAGGGGAAGAGCGCCCGCUGUGCUCCCAACACCUCUGGAUCCGAAGUCAUUGUCAGUGAAAUCGACCCAAAGCUGGUGUCAGGGGGAGAUGGAGCAGCAGCUGACCUGGCAGGGCCGCCUCCCGGGCUGCAUAUCAAGAGGAAGCAGUUUGCAGGGCGGUAUGCCGUCACCUCGAACGAAUUCACACCUGAACUGGUGGGGGCCAAGUCGCGCAACAUAGCCGGGCUGCAGGGCAAGCUGCCCUCGUGGAUCCACCUGCCCACGUCUGUGGCUCUGCCCUUUGGCUCAUUCGAGAGCGCUCUCGCUGACCCAAUCAACCAGAGCGUAGCAGCGGAAAUCAAGGCUCUGAGCACAGACCUGGAGAAGGGCGAUGUGAGCAUGUUGCCCAACAUCCGCCGCGCCGUGCUGGGACUCAAGGCACCGCCACAGCUGGUAUCUGAUCUCAAGGAGGCGAUGAAGAGGUCCAACAUGCCAUGGCCGGGGGAUGAGGGCGAGGGGCGGUGGGAGAAGGCGUGGGGGGCGAUCACUCGGGUGUGGGCGUCCAAGUGGAACGAGCGGGCGUAUGUGAGCAUGCGCAAGGCACGGCUCGACUUCAACUCGCUCUCCAUGGCAGUGCUCGUGCAGGAGAUCGUGCGGGCGGACUAUGCCUUUGUGGUGCACACUGAGAAUCCCUCCACGGGCGAUAAGAACCAGAUCUACGCAGAGGUGGUGAAGGGCCUGGGGGAGACGCUCGUGGGUGCCUUUGCUGGGCGCGCGCUGAGCUUCAGUGCUGAUAAGGGCCACACCGACCGGCCCAAGGUGCUUGGCUUCCCCUCCAAGCGAGUGGGCCUCUUCAUCCGCUCGUCCAUCAUCUUCCGAUCCGACUCCAACGGGGAGGACCUUGAGGGAUACGCCGGGGCAGGGCUGUAUGACAGUGUUCCAAUGGAUGAGGAAGAGGAGAGGGUGGUGGACUAUUCAUCCGACCCUCUUGUGGUGGACUCCGCGUUUCAACACUCCAUCCUCUCUAAGAUCGCAUCCGCUGGCGAGGCUAUAGAGCAGCUGCUGGGCUCGGCACAAGAUAUUGAGGGUGUUAUCAAGGAUGGGAAGUUGUACGUGGUGCAAACACGGCCACAGAUGUGA